UGAAAGUUAAAGCGUUGUGGGCGCUGUUUCAGCUGGAGGCGAAGAAGAAGCAGCAGCAGAAGAAGCAGCAGCAGGAGCAGCAGCAGAAGAAGAAGAAGAAGCAGAAGAACCAUCACCCCGAGCAGAGUGGAGCUGCGGCAGGCGUGGAGAUGCCUAAGAAGUUCCAGGGGGAGAACUCGAAGUCGGCAGCGGCGCGAGCUCGGAAAGCCGAGGCUAAAGCUGUAGCAGAUGCCAAGAAGCAGCAGGCGCUAGAGGACGCGCUGUGGCAGGAGAGUGACAAACAUGUGCUGAAGAAAGAGCAGAGGAAGGAUGAGAAGGAGAAGAAGCGACUGGAGGCUCUGGAGAGGAAGAGAGAAAGCCAGCGCCUCCUGGAUGAAGAGGAUGCGAAGCUGAAGGGCAGACAGAGCCGAGAGGCACAGAGCAAAAUCACACGAGCUCAGAUCGAGCAGAGCCUUGACCAAGAACAAGCACUUAAAGACACAGAGAAGAAAGAGAAGAGUCAUCUGGAGACACCGCUGGAGGAGAACAUUAACCGCAUCAUUCCAGAACAAGAUUCGGCCCGGACCAUCGAGGACGCCAUCGCUAUGCUCAGCACUAAAGAGGAUCUGGACCGUCACCCCGAGCGGAGGUUGAAGGCCGCCUAUGCUGUGUUUGAGGAGAUCAACAUGCCCCGUCUGAAGAUGGAGAACCCCAACAUGCGCAUGUCUCAGCUCAAACAGCAGCUGAAGAAGGAGUGGACGAAGUCUCCUGAGAACCCAUUAAACCAGCGCUUCAUCAGCUACAACACCAAGUAACCACGCCCACGAGGCGAGAUCUCAGAGACCGACACACGUAACACAGGGUUUCCACCCAUCUCCCGAACCAUGACCCAGACGAAACGUCCAGACGAAACGCCCAGACGUCUGACACCACAAAUUCUUGCUGAAGUCAAAGUUUGUGCCAAAACUCCAACUUCACCCUCAGAUUCAUGAUCUGAUCACUUUAUUUUAUUCUUAGUGUUUCUUUUUUGCUGUGAAUAAAAAAUUAAGAACCGA